AUGACUUCCUCCUUUCACGUCAAAGACCAUGUCAUUGAUACGCAGUACAUCCGCGAAUACCACCGCGCAACGGCAACCCCGGAUGCCCCCUUGAAGCUCUGUGUGAAGCAGUAUAUUCCGACAGACUAUGAACCUCAGCUGGGCGAUGUAACCAUCAUCGCUACGCACGGUACGGGGUUUCCCAAGGUCCGUCAACGCAAUAUUCCACGUUCCAAGCGGACGAGGUUACUAACAACCGACCAGGAACUCUACGAACCUCUAUGGGAAGACCUCCUGAACGAGACGAAAAACUCCGGCGUGCGCAUCCGCGCCAUCUGGAUAGCCGAUGCCUCCAACCAGGGCGCCAGCGGCGUCCUCAACGAGAAGAACCUAGGGAACGAUCCAUCAUCGCACGACCACAGCCGCGACCUAAUCCACCUGGUCAACCACUUCCGCGACGAGAUGCCGCGUCCCAUCAUGGGCAUCGGCCACAGUCUCGGCUGCGAGCAGCUUGUCUUUGCCUCCCUCUUCCACCCCCGUCUCUUCACCUCGCUCCUCCUUAUCGAACCGCACAUGAUCGACAGACCCAGCAGCGGCGAAGGCCCGCGCCUCCUCGGCCUCACCUACGCCAAACGCGACAUCUGGCCCAGCCGCGCCCACGCCGUCGCCAAAGCCCGCCACGUCUUCCGCCGCUGGGACCCGCGCGUCCUCGCGCGCUGGUGCGACGUCGGCUACCGCGACCUGCCGACUGCCGUCUAUCCCGACGCCGCCGCCGCCGGUGACCGCCCCGUCACCCUCACCACCACCAAGUACCAGGAGAUCAUGCUGUACACGCGGCUGAACACGCAGCGCCACCCGGAGCUCGGACGACAGCAACCCUACGAGCCCGCCAAUCCCGACGAAACACCGCCUGCGCACGACCCGCUCGUCGUGCCGGAUAUGCUGGGCCCGCUCGUGCCGGGGCAGCUGUCGUAUCGGGCCGAGUCGAUGCUGGGGUUUCUGCUGGCCCCGCAUGUGCGUCCGUCCGUGCUGUAUGUUAGUGGUGCGGAGAGUACGUUGCACCGGAGUGGGACCAUCGGGAAGGUGGCGAGGCGGACGGGGACCGGGUUUAGUGGGAGUGGUGGGAUGGCGAGGGGGCGCGUGCGCCAUGUUGUUGUUGAGGGCACAGGGCAUACGCUGCCGCUGGAGAAGGUGGCUGCCACGGCGGAGACGCUGGCGGGUUGGAUGCGGGAGGAGGUGUUGCGCUGGAGGCAGGAUGAGGAGAGGGUUGCUGCGGGCUGGGAGGGUCUGCCUCUGCGGGAGAAGUCGGGGUUCACGGCUGAGUGGGUUGAGGUGAUGGAGAAGUAUAGGGCGGAGGCGACGAAGACCAAGGCGAAAAUCUGA